UCCCCAGCAGCCACAAUCGUGCUUUGUACACGUGUGGCGCCAAGUUGGGGUCUGUAGAGAAGAACGAUAGCACACACGUAAAUAUUUGCCUCGACGUUUCCUUCUCUGAAAGAACCUCUCUAGUGAACACUUUCUGUGGUUGGCGUUUUUUGUUUUGGGGACCCCCUGCUUGAAGGAUAUUUUGAUACCAGAGCGCAAUGAUGAAGUACAUCCUGGUAACCGGAGGAGUCAUCUCAGGCAUUGGCAAGGGCAUCAUCGCGAGCAGCGUGGGCACGAUCCUCAAAUCAUGCGGUUUGCAUGUAACUGCAAUCAAGAUCGACCCUUAUAUAAACAUAGACGCAGGCACCUUUUCACCCUAUGAGCAUGGUGAAGUGUUUGUGCUUGACGACGGGGGCGAGGUGGACUUGGAUCUGGGGAAUUACGAGCGCUUCCUCGACAUCCGACUCACGAAAGAUAACAACCUGACCACUGGCAAGAUCUAUCAGUCUGUCAUCAACAAGGAGAGGAGGGGAGAUUACCUGGGAAAGACUGUACAGGUGGUGCCACACAUCACGGAUGCCAUCCAGGAAUGGGUGGUGAAACAGGCCAAGGUGCCAGUGGACGACGAUGAUGUAGAACCUCAAGUCUGUGUUAUAGAGCUAGGAGGCACUGUCGGAGACAUAGAGAGUAUGCCUUUCAUCGAGGCUUUCAGGCAGUUCCAGUUUAAAGUGAAGAGAGAGAACUUCUGCAACAUCCACGUCAGUCUGAUACCACAGCCAAGUGCAACAGGAGAGCAGAAGACCAAACCAACACAGAACAGUGUCAGAGAGCUGAGAGGACUGGGUCUGUCUCCUGACCUGAUCAUGUGCCGGUGUUCAACUGCCCUGGACAACUCUGUCAAAGAAAAGAUCUCCAUGUUCUGUCACGUAGAGCCUGAACAGGUCAUCUGCGUGCACGACGUGUCGUCCAUCUACAGAGUACCGCUGCUGCUGGAGGACCAGGGCGUGGUGAGCUUCCUGAGCAGACGGCUCAAUAUGCCCAUAGAGGCCAAACCCAGGAAAAUGCUGACCAAGUGGAAGGAGAUGUCUGACAGGUCAGACAGACUGCUGGAGCACUGCUCUAUAGCGCUGGUGGGAAAGUACACCAAGUUCUCCGACUCCUAUGCUUCCGUUAUAAAGGCUCUGGAGCACUCUGCACUGGCCAUCAGCCACAAGUUGGAGGUCCUGUAUAUAGACUCAGCGAAUUUGGAGCCCAGCACUCUGCAGGAGGAUCCAGUGAAAUACCACGAAGCAUGGCAGAAACUUUGUGGCGCUAAUGGCAUCCUGGUUCCAGGAGGUUUUGGUGUAAGGGGAACCGAGGGAAAGAUUCACGCCAUCAACUGGGCCAGGAAACAGAAGAAACCCUUCCUAGGGGUGUGUCUUGGCAUGCAGCUGGCUGUUUGUGAAUAUGCCAGGAACGUGCUCAACUGGACAGAUGCCAACUCGACUGAAUUUGACCCAGAAUCGAAGCAUCCUGUGGUGAUUGAUAUGCCAGAACACAACCCCGGGCAGAUGGGUGGAACCAUGAGGCUAGGGAAGAGACGGACCAUUUUUAAAAGCACCAGCAGCGUCUUGCGCAAGCUUUACGGAGACGUAGACUAUGUGGAUGAAAGGCACAGACAUCGCUUUGAGGUUAACCCUGAGCUGAAGAGUCACUUUGAAGAGAAGGGCUUCCGCUUUGUGGGUCAGGAUGUUGAAGGAGAGAGAAUGGAAGUCAUAGAGCUGGAUGAUCAUCCAUAUUUUGUUGGAGUGCAGUACCACCCUGAGUUCACCUCCCGGCCCAUCAAUCCAUCGCCCCCCUACCUCGGUUUGCUGCUAGCUGCCGCAGGAAAGCUGCAUAGUUACUUACAGAAGGGGUGUCGUCUGUCUCCACGGGACACGUACAGUGAUCGGAGUGGCAGCAGCACCCCGGACUCUGAGAUAUCAGAACUGAAACUACCUUCAAUUUCAAAUGAGUGACUUGCAUGUUUGUAACUUGUGUAGUCUGAAUUGUCACUUGUAAACUGAAAUACAUUUUUCAUGUCCCAGUUUGUCUACUUUGAGUCUAAACUUGCCCUUUUUAGCUAUAGUGCUACAUGAACCUGCUGCUUAACUUAUUUCUUGGUAAUAAUACCAAGCUGUCCGCAUGCACAAUUGUGGCCUUAUUGUAAAUACGUACAACCACAUGGUGUUACAACUCUGCAGCUUACAAUUUAUGGAACACAAUAAAGAAAUUCCAAAUAUU